CUCUGGACCCUCAGACCUUGCCCUGCUGGGCUGUAACAACAACUCUGACUCUGAAGCCUUUGGACACGGCAGUGACUGCUCCGGGGACCCCACACUCUGCAGCUUGUCCAGCAGCCCCAGCACUGCCCUUAGAACCUUCAUCCCUUGCAGGAGCCGGAGCCAUGCGUGUGGCCAUCAUCGGGGCCGGGGUGAUCGGGCUCUCCAGCGCCCUGUGCAUCCAUGAGCAGUUCCAUGGCCUGGUGCCUUCCCUGGAGCUGGAGGUCUACGCUGACCAGUUCACCCCCCACACCACCAGCGAUGGGGCAGCUGGGCUGUGGCAGCCCUACCUGAGUGACCAUGGCAACCUGCAGGAGACGCUCUGGAAUAAAGAGACAUUUGAUUACCUCCUCGGGCAGCUGCACUCUCCAGCAGCCAAGGAAAUGGGACUUUUCCUCCUUUCUGGUUACAACCUGUUCACGGAGCCCGUGCCGGACCCAUCCUGGAAGAACAUUGUCCUGGGGUUCAGGAACUUGACACCAAAAGAACUCGAACUCUUCCCUGGUUACAGCUAUGGCUGGUUCAACACGGCGCUGAUGCUGGAGGGCAGGAGAUACCUGCCCUGGCUCACCAACAGGCUGACGCAGAGGGGAGUGAAGUUUUUCCAUAAGAAGGUUGAGUCUUUCCAGGAGCUCUUUUCCCAGGGUGUGGAUGUGGUGCUAAACUGCAGCGGGAUUCGUGCGGGGCACCUGCAGCCCGACCCGGAGCUGCAGCCUGGCCGAGGCCAGAUCAUCAAGGUCCUGGCCCCAUGGGUGAAGCAUUUCAUCAUCACUCACGACUUGAAAUCUGGGAUCUACAGCUCUCCCUACGUCAUCCCGGGGAGCGAGUUCACGGUCCUGGGAGGGAUUUACCAGCAUGGAAACUGGAGUGAGGAGAACAGUGCCAAGGAUCACAAAUCCAUCUGGGACAGCUGCUGCCGCCUGCUCCCGGCUCUCCAGAAGGCAAAAAUCGUCGAGGAGUGGAGCGGCCUGAGACCAGCACGGCCCUCGGUGCGCCUGGAGAGGGAGAGCAUCCGCCUCGGGAAUCUCCAGGGAGAGGUGAUUCACAACUAUGGCCACGGCGGGUUUGGGAUCACCAUCCACUGGGGCUGUGCCAUGGCAGCAGCUCGGCUUUUUGGGAGCAUCCUGCAGGAGAAGAAGCAGCUGGCCACACCCCCAGGGCCACGCUUAUGAGCACCAGCUCGCCUGGAAUAUGUGACAACAGCAGCUUAGGAAUCACAGCAAAAGGAUGGGAACAACACAGGGAUACACACA